GUAAUCAUUCCAUACAUUAACGAGCCCUCCAAACCACGUGAGACAUGUUCCACGUCCUGCUUCUUUGAAUGAGCCAACCCCGUCGCAUGAACUGAACACACAAUUCACGCACUGCUUCAGGAAGUGUGAAGACUGCACCAAGAACAAUGGGAGUUGACGUGGAAACCAUUAAACCCGGAGACGGAAAGACUUUUCCGAAGAGAGGAAAUACGGUUACUGUACACUAUGUUGGAACGCUGACAAAUGGAAAGAAGUUUGACUCUUCCAGGGACCGAGGAGAGCCCUUCCAGUUCAAACUGGGAGCCGGUGAAGUCAUUCGUGGUUGGGAUGAAGGUGUAGCUCAGAUGAGCGUCGGCCAAUUGGCCAAGUUGACCUGCUCUCCAGACUACGCAUAUGGCAGCAGAGGAUACCCACCCAUCAUCCCUGCAAACUCCACCCUCAUCUUUGAGGUGGAGCUCCUGAAAUGCUGAGAGUUUAAAGUGAAAGCUACUUGCCUGAGUUUUUUUCUCCCUUUUCAUUCCACCCACAUGUGUCACAAAAUGAUUUGAUUAAAAGUGCCGAUAGAAGCAAUUAUAACAGUAAUUGUAGAAACAAGGCUUUAAUCUUGGCUUAAUUGGCAUAAAUGACAAAUGAUUGAAACCCUUUUGAUGCCAGCUGUAUAGUCGAAGUAAUGCUCAGGCCUAUGGACUUAAAAUCAAUACUGUGUGGGGUUAGUUGAGCCACACUAACAGUUGCUGGUUGUACCUUCAUAUUUAAAACUUCAUUGGUAUGAAAAGUGUUUCUCUUUCAGUAGGAAAUUACUCCUAAAUACUCAACUGAAUCCUGUAAAAAUCAAAGGUUUCGGUGUAGAAUUUAACCUUGAUAUUUAAUCUGAGUGUUUCCAAUAAGCAGUUUUCUUUUCACUGCAACUCUCAACCUUAAGUAGAAUUAAUUUUGCAUUCAUUCACCUAUUUGCCUAUUAAAUCUCAAAUUUCAGCAGUUUUUCUGCAAAAGGCACACAAAGAAAUAAGAGCAAAAAAAGAACCUUUGAAAGACAUAAGUGGCACUAAACAUGUCUUGAUACCAGUCUUCUCAGCGAAUCUCACUUUUUCACAAGUGUUAUUUCCAGUGUUUUAAAAGUAGUGUGGUUAUUAAUGUUAAAUGCACAUGUAACACCUUUUAGUGAAAUAACAUUUUUUUUUCCCUGCGUACAUUUAUCCCUGCCGUAGAUGCAUGUAGAUUACACUUCAAACAAUGAGGAAAUAAAAAAGGUUGUAUGGAAACAAUCGUGACUUGUGACUAAAUUAAUUUUUCACUACCUUUUGUCUUAUUUUAGUCUUAAGACCAGAUUUUGACACCUUUAUUCCUUAACCUCAGUCUUAGGUCACUAAUUCAUGCUUUUAGACCUGAAGUGUCCUUGUGUUAUGUCACAAUGAUUUUUUUUUUCUCUCCCUGCAUUGUAACAUCUAUUAGAAACCUUAUCUGUGGUUAAUGCAGUCUUACAUUAAAACCUGAACACUGCACAAAUGCUUCCUUGUGUUUUAUCACUUGAAUACAUUUUUGUGACUG